AUAUUUAAGACCGGUCAGGCUCUGGGGGCGCAUUCUCUUCCCAGUGCCUGCCGAGCUGAAGGCAAGAAGAAAACAAGAACCCUCUCACCCUCUGGAAUCUUCUCCGCAGAGACUCUUAAGUGGGCAAGCUGCUUCUGUUUUGCUCCCGCAGCCAUGACUCUGCCCCACAGUCCUGGAAGUGUGGGGAACCCCCGGUCUCCCCAGGCCGUGGAGGUCCACAAGCGGGAGCACCGACAAGAGGAGGAGCGGAAGGAGGAGCGACAGCAGAGCCUGCACAUGGGCUCCUCGGUGCGGAAGCGGACCUUCCGCAGCAGUGAGGAAGACUAUCAGUUCAGCACUGCAGACCACGCCCUCGCAGCAGCCCUGGCUCUGACGGCCUCCUCCGAGUUGUCUUGGGAAGCCCAACUGAGGCGCCAGACCUCUGCUGUGGAGCUGGAGGAGCGAGGACAGAAGCGGGUGGGCUUCGGCAAUGACUGGGAGCGGACGGAGAUCGCCUACCUGCAGACCUACAGGCUGCUGCGCCAGAGACGCGACCGGAAGGCUCUGAGACAGAGGACGGAGGAGAAGGUCCGGGAAGCCAAGGAACUGCAAGAGUUGUGUUCCAGCCGAGGGCCAUGGUUCUGGAUCCCCCUUCGCUCCCACGCUGUCUGGGAACACACCACGGUCCUGCUGACCUGCACUGUCCAGGCCUCGCCACUACCCCAGGUCACCUGGUACAAAAAUGACACGCGAAUUGAUCCUCGCCUCUUGCCUGCCGGAAAGUACCGGAUCACCAACAACUAUGGGCUGCUGACCCUGGAGAUUAGGAGGUGCACCAUGGAGGAUGCAGCCACCUACACCGUGCUGGUGAAGAAUGCCUACGGCCAGGCCUCCGCCUUCGCCAAAGUCAUCGUCCGCACUUACCUGGGGAAGGAUGCUGGCUUCGAUUCAGAGAUCUUCAAAAGAUCGAUGUUUGGCCCCAGCGUGGAAUUCCUAUCGGUGCUGCAGCCCAUCUUUGCCCGUGAGAAGGAGCCCUUCUCCCUGUCCUGCUUGUUUUCAGAAGAUGUGCUAGACGCCGAGAACAUCCAGUGGUUCCGAGAUGGGAGGCUACUGAGGUCCUCACAACGCCGGCAGAUCCUCUACGCAGACCGCCAGGCAUCCAUGAAGGUGUCCUGCGCCUACAAGGAGGAUGAAGGGCUCUACACGGUCCAGGUGCCCUCGGCCUUUGGGCCCCGGGAGCAGAGCACCUAUGUGCUUGUGAGAGAUGCUGCCGCGGAGAACCCUGGGGCCCCCGGCUCCCCACUGAACGUCCGAUGCCUGGAUGUGAACAGAGACUGCCUCAUCCUGACUUGGGCCCCACCCAGCGACACCCGGGGCAGUCCCAUCACCGCCUACUCCAUCGAGCAGUGCCAGGGUGACUCCGGAGAGUGGGUGCCCUGCCAUGAGGCCCCCGGAGGGACUUGUCGGUGCCCAAUCCAAGGACUCGUCGAAGGCCAGAGCUAUCGGUUUCGGGUGAGAGCCAUCAACAGGGCAGGAAGCAGCCUUCCCUCCAAGGCCUCAGAAGUGAUUGUCAUGGGUGACAGUGAUGCCAUCCAGAGGAGGACAGAGAUCCCCUUUGACCUGGGAAAAAAGAUUACGAUCAGCACGGAUGAUUUUGAAGACGCGAUGAUCAUUCCCUCACCCCCGACCAAUGUCCAUGCCAGCGAGAUCCGAGAGGCCUAUGCGGUUCUGGCCUGGGAGGAGCCGAGCCCCCGGGGCAAGGCCCCGCUGACAUACUCCCUGGAGAAGUCAGUCAUAGGCAGUGGCACCUGGGAGGCCAUCAGCUUGGAAAACCCUGUGAGGUCCCCGAGAUACGCCCUCCUGGAUCUGGAGAAAGGGAAGUCGUAUGUCUUCAGAGUGCGAGCAAUGAAUCAAUAUGGCCUGAGCGACCCCUCGGAACCCAGCGAGCCCAUCGCCUUGAGGGGCAAGCCAGCUACCCUCCCCCCUCCAGCUCAAGUUCAGGUUUUCCGAGACACACAGACCUCUGUCUCCCUGACUUGGGAUCCUGUGAAAGGUGCCCCAGAGCUCCUGGGUUAUUACAUCUACUCCCGGGAGGCGGGAUCAUCUGAGUGGCAAACAGUCAACAACAAGCCCAUCCAGGGCACCAAGUUUACAGUUCCCGGCCUGAAGACAGGGAAGGAGUACGAGUUUUGUGUCAGGUCAGUCAGCGAGGCCGGGGUAGGUGAAAGCUCAGCCGCCACCGAGCCCAUCAGGGUCAAACAGGCUCUGGCAACCCCGUCUGCCCCGUAUGGCUUUGCCUUGCUGAACUGUGGCAAGAACGAAAUGGUCAUUGGGUGGAAACCUCCCAAGCGCCGUGGAGGGGGCAAGAUCCUGGGCUAUUUCCUGGAUCAGCGGGACUCAGAGGAGUUGGACUGGCACGCGGUCAACCAGCAGCCCAUCCCGACCCGGGUCUGCAAGGUCAGUGACCUUCGUGAAGGCCACUUCUACGAAUUCAGGGCCCGGGCUGCAAACUGGGCAGGUGUUGGCGAGCUGUCAGCGCCCAGUGGCCUGUUUGAGUGUAAGGAGUGGACAAUGCCCCAGCCAGGCCCCCCACACGACGUGCGGGCAUCUGAGGUGCGGGCCACGUCCCUGAUGCUGCAGUGGGAGCCCCCGCUGUACACAGGCACUGGACCAGUCACAGGCUACCACGUCAGUGUCCAGGAGGAAGGUUCUGAGCAGUGGAAGCCAGUCACUCCAGGCCCCAUCUCUGGCACCCACCUAAGGGUUUCUGACUUGCAGCCAGGAAAGAGCUACGUGUUCCAGGUACAGGCCAUGAAUUCAGCUGGUCUGGGACAACCGUCCCUGCCCACUGACCCGGUGCUCCUAGAGGACAAGCCAGAUGCCCGGGAGAUCGAGGUUGGUGUGGAUGAAGAGGGCUUUAUCUACUUGGCUUUCGAAGCCCCCGAAGCCCCCGACUCCUCAGAGUUUCAGUGGUCCAAAGACUACAAGGGUCCACUAGACCCUCAGAGAGUCAAGAUUGAGGAUAAAGUUAACAAGUCUAAGGUCAUCCUGAAAGAACCUGGCCUUGAGGAUUUAGGCACCUACUCAGUGGUUGUCACAGAUGCUGAUGAAGACAUCUCAGCAAGCCACACACUGACUGAGGAAGAGCUGGAGAAGCUAAAGAAGUUGAGUCACGAGAUUAGAAACCCAGUGAUUAAACUGAUCUCUGGCUGGAACAUUGACAUCCUGGAGCAAGGAGAGGUGCGACUUUGGCUGGAAGUGGAAAAGUUGUCUCCAGCCGCGGAACUGCACCUCAUCUUCAACCAAAAGGAGAUCUUCAGCUCACCGAAACGCAAAAUCAACUUUGACCGGGAGAAGGGCCUGGUGGAGGUGAUCAUCCAGACCUUGUCUGAGGAUGACAAGGGGUCAUACACCGCUCAGCUCCAAGAUGGAAAAGCCAAAAAUCAGAUCACCUUGACGCUGGUGGAUGACGAUUUUGACAAACUUCUGAGGAAGGCAGAUGCUAAGAGAAGAGACUGGAAGAGAAAACAGGGCCCCUAUUUCGAGCAGCCCUUGCAGUGGAAGGUCACCGAGGACUGCCAAGUACAGCUCACGUGCAAGGUGACCAACACCAAGAAGGAGACUCGCUUCCAGUGGUUCUUCCGAAAGAGAGAGAUGCCAGACGGUCAGUAUGACCCACAAACCGGAGCAGGGCUUCUCUGCAUCGAAGAGUUGUCCAAAGAGGACAAAGGAAUUUACAGAGCAGAGGUCUCUGAUGACCGAGGGGAGGAUGACACCAUUCUGGACCUCACAGGUGAAGCCCUGGAUGAGAUCUUCACCGAGCUGGGCAGGAUUGGUGCCCUCUCUGCGACCCCACUGAAAAUCCAGGGGACUGAGGAAGGGAUCCGGCUCUUCAGCAAGGUCAAGUAUUACAACGUGGAGUACAUGAAAACCACCUGGUUCCACAAGGACAAACGCCUGGAAAGUGGCGAUCGGAUAAGGGCAGGCACCACCCUGGAUGAGAUCUGGCUACAUAUCACAGACCCCAAAGACUCAGACAAGGGCAAAUACAUGCUGGAAAUAGCUGCCGGGAAGGAAGUUCGACAGCUCUCAGCAGAUCUCUCAGGUCAAGCGUUUGACAAUGCCUUGGCUGAACACCAGAGACUGAAGGCCUUGGCCAUCAUCGAGAAGAAUCGUGCCAAAGUGGUGCGGGGCCUGCCAGACGUGGCCACAAUCAUGGAGGAUAAGACCCUGUGCCUGACCUGCGUUAUCUCAGGAGACCCCACCCCUGAAAUCUUUUGGCUGAAGAAUGACCAGCCCGUCACCUUCCUUGACCGCUACCAUAUGGAAGUGAGGGGGACGGAGGUCACCAUCACCAUCGAGAAGGUCAACAGCGAGGACAGCGGGCGCUAUGGCGUCUUUGUCAAGAACAAGUAUGGCUCCGAGACAGGCCAGGUCACCAUCAGUGUGUUCAAGCAUGGAGAUGAGCCCGAGGAGCUGAAGAAGAUGUGA